ACGAGACUACGAGAGAGCUUACAAAAAGUUUCCCCCACCAUUAAUUCCACCGUGAUUCCAUCUCCUUUGUCCUCCUCCUCUCUCACAUCACAGCCGUCCCACCGCUUCUUUUUAAGCUCCCACUGCGCGGCCCUCUCCUCUCCGUCACCCUCCUCCCCCCCUCCCUCUCGUCGGUCUCUUCUCUCUUGGUCGGUCCUGGAUAAACACAAAUCUCUUGCCUCCCUCCCCCUCCUCUUCGCCUCUCUGCAUUGCGGUGCUACUAGCUAGCAACCAAAUCCAAAGCAGCAAAGCCUUGCAGGCUAGCUAGGGAAGCAAAUCAAUCUCAGGCUUUGCCGCUCGCUCUAUACAUCCGUCCUCCUCGUGCUGCGUGCUGCGUGGCGUGUGUCUGUCUGGAGAGGUGAAGCGGCGGAGGCAGCAUGAGGGCGGGCGGGAUGCUGUGCCGGUCGCAGGCGGCGACGGCGGUGUGCGUGCCGGGGGACGCGCGGUCCAUGGUGGUGGCCCGGCGCGCCGCCGACCGCACCCGCGACAGCGACGACGCCCGCGCCCUGCACGACGUCAGGUACGCGCGCCUCGGCGCCGGCGCCGGAGACGGGGGCCGCCGCACCUCCGCUUCGCGGAGGUUCUCGGCGCCCAGCAGGGCCGCCGCGCCUCCUCCGACCGCUACCGCCGCCACUGCGUCAUGCAAGCCGCGCGUGGAGAGGCCGCGGCGCGCGCCCGUGGCCGUGACGCUGCCCAUGGUGACCAAGAGCCCCAGCAAGGAGGCGCCGCCCAAGGACCUCGCCGCGGCGGCCAAGCGCGCGCAGGCCGCCGCCGUCGCGGCGCCUCCAGGCGACCAGCUGCUCCAGGUGGUGGUGAUGAAGGUGGCCAUCCACUGCCAGGGCUGCGCGGGGAAAGUCAGGAAGCACAUCUCCAAGAUGGAAGGGGUGACGUCGUUCAGCAUCGACCUGGAGAGCAAGAAGGUGACGGUGAUGGGCCACGUGUCGCCGGCGGGCGUCCUCGAGAGCAUCUCCAAGGUGAAGAAGGCCGAGCUCCUCCUCGCCUGAUGGAUCGAUCGACGAUUAUGGAUCUCCAGCCGUCCACCAACUAGCUAGCUAGUUGUUGCAUUGCAUUGCUAGCAAAACACCCGAGUGAACGAACGAACGAAGAACCCUGUGCACUAUCGCUCUGAUUGGUUAGUCGCACUGUCUCAUCCUGCAUCAGUGCGUGCAUUGACUUUAUUUAAGUCUUUGUUUGGUUGCCUGUAUACUAGAAGCGUGAGCUGCAUGAGUGGAUGCAAAAUAAUUUAUUUUGAGGCUGUUUGACUGCAUCUGCUCAUACGUCAAAAACUUCGGUUCCUAGCCAGCCUGGAUGGCACGAGACUGGUUUGUAAGGCUCAGGCAACCAAUCAGGCAGUAUGUGUUAGUAUCU